AGCCACAAUCUCAGGUUCCAGGUCAACAAAGUCAGCCAUCGUCAUGGCAACAACAGAAUGUACCAGCACGACCCCAGUUGUCACCUCAACCAGGUCAAGGACAGUGGCAAUUUCCUGGCCAGCCACCAAAUUUUAGAGCAAGGAGCCCUAUGAGUCUACAAAUGGGAAACAGGAUGCCCGGUCAAAACUCCAACUCUACUGUCCAAUCACCUCAAGGUGCUUUCUUUUCUGCUGCUCAGUCUAGGCCAACAUUCCCAAUGGGGCAGUCUACUCCACAGAGUCAGGGUCAAGGCCCUUUUGGAAAUGAGGCUGUUUUUAAAGGUUCUAGUGGUAUGAUGUUUAACAGACAACCAGAUUCAAACCAAGGUGUACCAACUUCGAUGCAGAACUCUUCCCCAACAGAUCGGUUCUCUUCACCUCAUCAAGGUUCCGGAGAAGGACCCAGUCUACCGUUUGGUCCUAAUUUUGCUUCAAUGUUCCGUCAUCCGCCUCCUAGCAGGUUUCCCCCGCCUCCAAAUUUCCAGACUCCACCCCCUGAUCACAAUUUACCGUCUAGCCAAGGUCAGAAUGUGUCUGGUGAAAGUCAUCUGACUCGGUCAAGUGGAAUGGGUGGACCAAAUUCAUUUCCUGGAAGUCAGUCAAUACCACAUGGCAAUCCAUCUAACUUUUCCCAUGCUCCAGGGACUGAACGACCUCAAGGAGAUAGAGGGUCAGGGCCACAUUCAAUGAUGCCCAAUAUGCAGAUGCCAUAUACACAGAAUCAGUUCAUGAACCCAUUUCAAAAUUUCAUGGGUUUUCCUGGUAUGUCGAACAACCAAAUGAAGUCACCGCUUGAGGCAUUGUUCGGUAAACCACGGUUUCCACAAGAGGAUAUUCCACCAAACAUGGCUGACAUCAUUGGAACUCUCAGUAAAAUGGCCGUACAGCCUCCAAGAGAAAAUGUGUUACCACCACAGCGAGUUGGACCUUCCAGUUUCCAAGGUCAUGCAGAGGGUACACCAAAGCCGGAGAGUUAUUACACUUCACAAAGGAGCUCGUCUGUACCUGCUGUCAACAUUGACAUAGAGGCUAAACCUGUUGACAGUGUCACCAACAUAUCUUUACCACAGCCUCAACAACAGCAGCAACAACAACAACAACCCCCUGGAACAUACUCCUUGUUCAGUGGCUCCCCCUGGCUGUCAUCCGGAGAUUCGAAAAGUCUAGGGUCAUCCCCUUUCUCUUCAGAAUCCAGCAGUAUGCGUAAUUCUCCAGAUCCUGUCACAGAAAAUUACGGAGGGGAUGCUAAGUCAGGCGGACAAGGGAUGGAUAUGGGUCUGAGAUUUGGGGACGAGAGGAACAUUAAGCAAAUGGAACAGGCACCACAGGGGCCGUACUUCCAGAAUAACGUCCAGUCAAUCUGGUCGAAUUCAGCCCAGUCACCGUUAGAACGUUUACUUGAACUUCAAAAACAACAGAGGCAGACAGAACCACAUUGAAAAAAGCACAUGGCAAAACUUGUGGGUUCUUCUCUUUGAAAAUCAAGGGCUUUGUUACCUUGACAACCAAAUAAUAGGGGUUUACAUGUGUAAACUCAUGGUGUUGGAAAAUAAAAAAAAGAUAGGAAAAAAUAGUUCCGUCAACAGAACAAAUUAUGGAAAAUAAAAAGGAGUAAUUAUUCCUGAGAAAAAAAAAUGGGAAAAGAAGGAUACUGUAGAUACUAAAAUAACAGUACACAUAGAUAAAAAUGUAUGUGGGACAUAAAUAAAGGAUGAGAACAAAAUGAAUGCAGUAGAAAACUCAUUCCUGUGUGUGAAAAGAAAUACAAAGUAUGCGUGUAUUUGCAGACGUAAAAUUCUAUGAAAUUUACAGCCAUAAAAUAUGCGUUCAUUUGCAGACGUGAAAUUUUGCUGGAAAAUGCGUGAAUUGUAUGUAAAGUGAACACAAACUGUGAUAAAAGAUACACAUACAUGUAUAUAUUACAUUGUGUCCCACAUAUUGAACCCGUUGAGGGUGGUAUUUUCAUACAUAUGCUUGUUUUUUAUAUGUUUCCAUUUUGGGAGUGAUAAACUUUUCGUCAGAGUGAAUUUUUAGAGGAUUGUUGACUAGUAGUGAAACAUAGUAAAAACAAUAUAUUCUUGUUUUAACAUCACUUGUUUUGUGUUCUUGUGUAUUUAGAUUUAAAAAAAAGACGUACACAUUGUAGACAAAUAUUAUUUUGUUUAUGCGCUGAUUUUGUAAGGUUGCUAUAAUCACAUGUGAGGGGAAAAUAAUCUUAACACUUUGUAACUUACCGUAAAUGAUAUAAAAUGUGGUAUUUU